AUGAGAACACUUGAUCCGAUUGGAUGGAUGGCAUGCCUUCACGAGGUUGAGGAACUGCUGCAGCAGCGCUCGGAGCUCGGCUUUGACGCAGUGGACAGCUCAAGUUCCUCUUUUUUCCGAAUUGUUCAACGCAUGAGUGACCAAACAGAUGAGGCUGGUCUUGAGGUGCAGGAGGCCGGUGUGGCCUCGAGAGUGGUAAAGUCAGCAGCUUCAAGCCCCACCAACAUUUUCCCUUCCUUUUCACCCACUGGUCCAGUUAAUUGCCUGCUCGUCCCCGGUCGCAGCGAUAGAAUGUCCGAUGGAGUCGAUUAUGACCGCUCGUCGGUACUCAUGCGAACAGACUCAAGCCAAAGCAGCCAGCGAAAGUGUACUCACCGACGUACAUAUCGCAAACACACACGUCUCCUUCAAGUGGUGGCGAGACAUACAAAAGUGGACGUGGAUGGAUGGAAGUGGGGAGGGAGACAAAUGACGAACCCAGAGUUGACAUGA